UGCUGGUAGUGAUUUAACGACGUAAUCCAUAAAUCUUGUUCCGGGACUGCGCAGGAGUCUGGAUAACUUCGUAUUCUGUCGGCCCAGUGAAGGUCAGAGGGACGUCCGAUACUCUACAAUAUGGUUUUCCAGCCCCGCUUUGCCGUAUUUUUCGUUGCGUUGCUCGCGUAUAAUGCCUCGGCAAGGAAGGUUAGACCGUUAUUCAUCCUGAAGCACUUGUCCAACAGCAGAGAACACGUGGAGAAGGCUCUGAAGAAUGGUGCCAAUGGGAUCGAGGUUGACCUGCGAUUCAAAAAUUCCGGCAAGCCCUCUCAUUUCUUCCACGGGACUAACUGUAACUGUGGCAUCGAUAAACAGUGCUGGUGCAAGUCACCUUAUGAGUGUGAACAGAGAGAAAACAGUGUCCCGACCUUCCUACAAUACUUCAGAAACAUAAGUACUCCAGGAUCUAUAUACUACCAUCCGAGUUUCACAGGCUUUGUUUGGCUGGAUCUGAAGAUACUGUCAACGAAGCAGAACUAUCUCAGAAAUGGUGGGAUAGGUCUAGCAGAUAUUCUUGUUGAUGAUGUAUUCAAUAAAGACGACAAAGGUUCAAGAGCAGUGUUUGGGUUAGAACUGUACUUCAUGAAACGCACGUAUUUUAUGAAGGCACUUGUGGACCAGCUUAGGAAGCGAAACAGAGAAGACAUCAUCAAAAAUCAUAUAAUUGCAAUAGUAACAGUUGAUUUCUUGGAGGAAUACCUACGAGAGUACAAAGAUUCGACUCCUGCAGUCUGGUUGUCAGACGGUAACAAUGAUUGCGAGGCUCAUGACGUCUCGGAGUCGAAAGCGCGGAGGAUGGUCGGAUACAGGGAGAAUGCUAACACAGUUGCAGUGAAGAAGGCUACGGAGUGGGUACUUGACAGCAAGAGAAGAAUACGCGAAGGCUUGAGAUACGACGUCGACCUCAUCAUGACCAACUUUCCUGCCCGUGUGGUGGAAGUGCUAAAAGAACCUGAGUUUUACCCCCUCUAUCGCCUGGCUACGUACCUCGACUCACCAAAUGAACGGAUUUAAAUUCAAUCAACCUUCUCCGAUACCUAAUAGGGAAGACUCCGCUUCGUCCAGUUAACCUGGUUGAUUUUGAGGUCCAUCCGGUAAAGACAGAAUGUUAAAGUGGUACCCUACCCUUAUAUAGUAGAAAACAGCUGUCAGUGCACAGUAAUGCACACAUACAUAGGCUUGUACUGUGCUACUGCACCAAAUUACCUAACAUACAUGUAUCAUCAACUCCGGAAUAACUGCUGUACGAGAUUCACAUCCCCUCGAUUUGUUUCUUUCGCUGUAGUACAUCUAACUGUUAUAGACUCCUGGGCACCAGUGGGCGCAUGGGUCGAUCAUCAUAUGACCACGUAUUAAAUCUGUAAUCUUCAUUUAUCAUUUUUGUUCUUCCCAUGUUUGUUAUCUUAUAGAUUACAAUUGUGUGAAAGAAAUCUGUCAUUUUAUUCAAAUCUUUAUACAGGGUGUUUUAGAAUGAGCGAAACCGAGACGAGAAUACUUUAAACGUCUGGCUGUUUUGAGCUACCACAAUCCAACACGUGUAUAGUAAUACAAAUAGAUUCUGUAAUCGAAAGUUGCGUAUCAUUAAAAAUGAAACCCUCAUUUAACGGCUAUUACCAAAAAUGUACAAGCUCGGCAGGUAUGUUUUGUCAUUACAUGUAUCCAAAACUAUAGAUACAACCGAUUUGAAAAUCAUCUUAAACUAGAGACUGCAAGCUUUCUUUACCGGCAAAGAUGUCUGACCAUUGUCUUUAAUUAACGUGAUUAUC